AUGACUGAACACAGCAUUGACCCACAGGAUCCUUACGCUUUUAAUUACCUCCUAGACAGAGACUUGGGCGCAAUCAAAGGGAAUCAUAGCUACCGCCCUCCCUUGCAGCCGCUCUCUCGACGCCCCGAGACUAGCUUCCAUGACAAUGUCGAGGCUUUGUUAGACCCUUCAAGCCAAUUGUCUCAAAGAUAUCCCCAACUGAGUCAGGUUCUUCGGGAACGUCUAGGGGUAGCAUUUAGCAAACGGAAUAAUGAGGAAUACUCGAGGUGUAGUUGCCCGGAUAAUUUAGGUUACAGAUGCGACAGCUCAAUGUUCCAAAAUGGUAACCAGACUUCUUAUGGAGAUUUCAUCCGUUUGAGUGCUGAGGGGAGGACCACUGCCAAGGCGGUAUGCCUUUGUCCGGACCUUCAAGAGCGAGUGCAGAUAUAUGGAUUCCUAGGCGCAGGAACAUAUGGUGUCACGUUUAUUGCACGCGAGAGAGGCGCUACUGGUGCUUCCCUGGAGGAUCUUGAACAAUACGCAAUCAAAUCUCAAGUCUACAAAACACGGUAUACGCAGAUGAAAGAAGAUAACGUAUCUUAUAUGGUGGCAUUUCGUGAGCCUACCGGGAAAAAACGGUAUAUGCCAGAAGAAGCUCUCCUUCUGAUGUAUCUCGAUGAUAGCAACAGAUUCCCGCAGCUCAACUCGGUCUACACUCAUGGUAUGCUAACAGCAAUUCUUAUGACUCCCUGUGUUGAUCCUAGCUAUGAAGCCGUAUCAACUAUUGAUGAGAGUCAUUUUGACAGAAUCAAGUCAAAGGGGGCCAUACCGCGCAUCCGAAAGAGAUACCCCCCGUUUCCAGCUUUUGAUGGCAGCUAUCUCAUGUCCGCCACCAAAGAGCCCCAACUAGAAGAAAUAGAAGGCUGUAAAGUUGCUUCCCAGCUUCUCCAGGCUAUGGUGGAGUUGGCUGAUAUGCACGUCUACCACGGUGAUAUGUCGGUGACAAACUAUCUCAUGGACCAAAACCUGAACGUCCAGCUGAUCGAUCUUGGAAUUUACCACUUCUCGCUUACGAACUCGGGUUUUACACUGAAGAAAGAUCACUUUAUCCCCUAUCAUGAGUACCAGAUGAUGCCUGAGCGAGCCAUCGAACUAGAGAAGUACGACACUUGGAGGGAUACAUGCCAUGAUGAUGUCGGCAUCGAAAUGGCCCACUUACCUAUAGAUCUGCGGGAAAUUUGCAUAUGGAAAUAUUCAACUCUAGUUUACGGGUUUCUGCAUGGCUUCUGGCCCUGGGAUAAGCCUGAACCAGUCCCGAGAGGUAUGGGAUGGCAUGAGAGGUAUAAUGGUCCUUACAAUGACCCGUUCUACCCCACAGUCAAAUGCAGACGUAAGAGAAUGAUUAACGAGGAUGUAGUAAUCAGCGAAACACUCUCACAGGACUGCAGGGAUGUGUUACAAACCACAUUGUCUAGAGCCAAGUCCGACCGGCCGUCGUUGGAAGAGUUAUCAUCAUUCCCUUGGUUUUCUCGAUGGUCUGCUGAAGAACUAGAGUCUGGUCGUCCUUUGAAAAGACCUUUUAUCAAGGAAUUUCAUGAUGAAAACCGUAUGGAGGGCCGAAAAGGUGUCCCAUGGUCAAGUAUAUCAGUGGACUAUGGUAUGUCAAUCCCCAUACUUCAUAGCCCGGGAUAUAAUUCUUCUGGUUCCUCUGUAUAUUCUUCUGAUUCUUCUGACUACUCUACAUAUUCUGAUGAAUCUGAUGAUCAUGAAUAUGAGGAAGUACCUCCCUCUCAAUACGAGGGAGGCUCAUCCCUCCAAGAGGAAUCAUCUUAA